GACGUUUGGGGUUCGUGAGCAGACCACAGGAGGUUGUCAUUCAGGAUAACAAAAUUUGAAAAAAUGACGACUGCAUCAGUGUGGAUCAUCUCCUUUGUCUUUCUCGUAUUCACCGGCUCGGCCCUGACCGGACCUUUGGUCCGCGAGUCGUGUGUCAACGAGUCCAAGAAUCGAGUGUCUCGAGACUUCCGCGCUCUCAUCAAACACGGCCGUGAUUACCACAAGGAUCUAGUCCAGAAGCAAGAACCACGCACCGCUGUCCUUCAGACAGCAGAUGUCCAACAGUUGGAUUCCAAAAUGGAGCCAAUUACUUAUUGCUAUGGAGAGAUCGGUUGCAUUGUCAUCGAUGAUAGCUGGUAUGACCCCGUCCAUCGCCCAAUCAAUCAGGAGCCUCUGCCUAGAGAAAAGAUCAACACGCGUUUCAUCCUGCACACUAGACAGCGACCUACCCAAGACACCAUGCUUUACGCCAAUGAUUUAGAUUCAAUCAGAUACUCCACUUUCGAUCCCACUAAACCCACCCAGUUCCUUGUCCAUGGCUUCAUUGAUGACGGAACCGUGAGAUGGAUGAAGAGGCUCACCGAAAAUUUGCUGGCCCAUGGGGAUUACAACGUCAUCAUUGUCAACUGGGGAGGUGGUUCUCUUCCCAUGUACAGCCAAGCCACUGCCAACACACGAGUUGUUGGACUUGAGAUAGCGCACAUGGUCAACACUAUGAUUACUCAUUUCGGCGUUGAUCCAGGAAUGGUUCAUUUGCUCGGCCACUCUUUGGGAGCUCACACCGUUGGUUAUGCAGGUGAAGGUAUUGAAGGACUCGGUAGGAUCACCGGUCUCGAUCCAGCUGAACCUUAUUUCGCUGAAAUGCCGUCACAUGUGCGUCUGGAUCCGACUGACGCUAAAUUCGUCGACGCCAUCCACACCGACACCAGAACUAUUCUCCUUCUAGGUUACGGCAUGCUGGAACCAGUUGGCCAUUUGGACUUUUACCCCAACGGAGGACGUGACCAACCUGGUUGUGAUCCUGUGAAUAUUCCGCUGGACAUGAUCACCGAAGACAUGGUCACCGGCGGCCGAGAGCUGGUCGCCUGCAAUCACUUGCGCUGCAUCGAAUUUUUCAUCGAUUCACUUGUGCCCGGUUACAACUACGUUGGUUACGAAUGCAUUGACAACGACGCAUUCCAUCGAGGCGAGUGUCACUCGUGCGGAGCCGACAACUUGAAUUGUGCCAAAUUCGGCAUGGACGCCGCUCUCUAUCCGACGCGCGACAGAACUUACGUGCAUUUAUUGUUCGACACUGGCAAAGAUGUUCCUUACAUCAAGUACCAUUACAGCAUUAAAGUAAACCUGGCUUACCCGCCGGAAGCUGAAGCUUUCGUCUAUGGUACAAUGCGUAUCUCUUUGUAUGGAACACUUGGGCAGCUGAUCGACCUUACCAUAGCCGAGAAUAGCCAACAAUUUGUUCAUGGAGCAGACACGUUCCUGUUGUUCAUCGAUCCCUUCAACGUGGGUAACAUCCAACGCGUCGAGUUGUACUGGAAGUAUGACGGCACUAUUUUCAAUACCUGUGGCUUGUUCUGCAACGAUCACAUCUACGUUAGAAGCGUCGAAAUUUCUGAAUUGAACAACUACCCAGAAUCGAGCCGAUUGGAACACACGUACAAGUCGUGCGUCGUUGGUGCCGAUUACGUCGACAUGAAAGACAAGAGCUGGGCUGAAUUCUACCCCACUGCCUGCGUCUAAAUUUGGAGAUGAAAUAAAUAAAUCAAGAACGGAUUUGUAAUGCUUUCAGCGUAUAACGACUUUUCCCUUUUGACGAAAAAAUAAAAUAAAAUAAGUUUCUUUAA